AUGGCUGUGAAUGGUUCAGUCACACAAACUUUCAAAAUCUUGUUUUUAUUUGCAACAGUCUUAUAUGUUAAUGUAAGUGUUAUUAUUUUAAGUUUUUAAGAGAAUCUUUCGUUGCGAGACCUAUGUUAGGCCUUUGGGCCUUCAUUUACAAAAAAAAGUACCCAACCUGCCCCGCUCAGAAUCAGCUCAAAAUUUUUAUUUGAAUUACUUGUACCACCAGUAGUACUCAUAAAAAAUUUUAACCCCCGCUUUUGAGUUUUAAAUUUGAAUUAUUUUGGUUUCCCGCCAAUUUGGGAAAUUUUAGGAUUGUGUUUCAAGCACUUUUUUUGACUUUCCAGAGAAGCUCCGCUUACAAAUUUAAAAAUUUAGGUCUAUUUAAAGUUAUUCUACUAGUAUAUCAAAGAAAAAUUCCUAAAAGUAAAAAAAAUGGCAAAGUUAUAAGCUUAAAGCACAAUGCCAAUUAGGCGGGAAAUUCAAAACUUAAUUUUUUGAUCUCGAUUUUCUCGUGAUUUCCUGGAAAGCGCGACUUAGUACUUUGCUGUUCUUAACACUAGUCACUUUAUUCAAAAUAUUAUUAAUAGCAUAUAACGUUAUAUAAUACAAUAAACUAAAGAUUUACCAUUUUCAGGCCUUAAUAAACGCCAAGAACUGCGAGGAUAUUCACCAUUAUGGCUUCAAAGAAAGUGGAAUCUACGAAAUUCAGUUGAACUAUCGACCCGUUUUAGUUUACUGUAACAAUGUGGACGACGGGGGAGGGUGGACAGUAAUUCAACAACGAAUGAACGGCCAAGUACCGUUCUGGAACGCUGGUUGGGACGAGUAUGCUCGAGGGUUCGGGCAGUUGGGAGAGGUAAUGAGUUCUUACCGUUCAGUAUAUUGGCUUGAUUUUUUAUUACCUUUAGUUAUAUGAAUUCAUACUACAUAUAUCUAUACAAAUGUCAUAACAAAAGUCAAUUCCUCAUAUCAGUUUAGUAUUAUUUAUCAAAAAUUUUAUCAGAAUACCGAGUUCUGGGCCGGCAACGAACUCAUAUACCACCUGACAAACCAAUGUCGUAAUAUGAGUCGCCUACGCGUUACAUUAUACGGAGAUCGAACACCUAUGAGUCAAGAUGAUGGCCAGUUUUAUGUCAGUGAUUACUUGUUUAGAGUAAGACAUUUUUUAUUUAUUUUACAUUCUUCAAGCGUCUACAAUCAAAAUUUGAGAGCUAUAUAUUAGAUUAGUUGACUAUUUGAUACCGUAGAUUGUAACGUACUAUGCUGAUGUGGUAGAACGUCAAAACUAAAAUAACACUUCAGAUAGACCCCGCUGAUAAUCUAUACACCAUCCACGUUCAAUAUGACAAGAACUUGAAAGGCAAUGCUUCAACCGGUUGGUAUGACAUUACAUCAGCUAACAUGAAUCCAUUCUCUACUGUAGACAGGAUUCACGAUCCUGAAAGUAAAUGCAUUCGAAAGUAUCGACUAGGGUGAGGGAAUCUCACAUUUUAUCUUUUACUUUUGUUUUCUUAGCAUACAGGUCUAAAAGUAAAAAGAAUACUCAAAAGCCGAGCAAUGGAAGAACUUCCACAAACUUUUUGACUAACAAGGAAAGUGCCCAACCUGUCCCGCUCCGAUUGACUUCAAACCUUUUAUAUAGAAAGAUUACGUAAAUAUAAGGUUUUCAACAAAGUACUAAAUCGCGCUUUCCAGUCUAUUUUGAGAAAAUCGAGAUAAAAAAAAAUGAUUUUUUAAAUGUCCCGCCAAAUUGGCAUUGUGCUUCAAGCUUAUAACUUGCCAUUUUUUGACUUUUAGGGAUUUUUCUUUGAUAUACUAGUACAAUACCUUUAAAUAAACCUACAUUUUUAAAGUUGUAAGCGUAUCUUGUCUGGAAAGUCGAAGAACGUGCUUGAAACACAAUGACAAAUUUGGCAAAUUGGCGGGAAACCAAAAUAAUUCAAAUUUAAAACUCAAAGCGAGAGCUGAAAUUUUUUAUAAAUACUAUUGGUGGCACAAAAAAAUCAUAUAAAAAUUUUGAGCUGAUUCUGAGCGGGGCAGGUUGGGUACUUUCCUUGUUAGUGUUAUACUCAAUAGGGUUUCGGUCUACAAGGGGACUGGAUUUACCGAAAUAAAUCUUGAAGUUAUCAUAAAAACAAAACCUACAGACUUGUAUACCUAGUUACUAUAUUAAGAUCCUCUCUAUCAAUUCAUACCUAAAACAAUAUAAAUUUCAAAUUUAGCGGCUGGUGGACGAAAAACUGCGGAGUAACCUCACUAAACGGCGACUACAACCCUAAAGAAUACGGAAACGGCUACGGAAUGUUCUUUAUGCUUCUUGGGCAACAUGUCAUCCAUCCUAGAAUGACACGAAUGAUGAUACGAUGCAAUCAAUGA